AUGCAUGAAGUUGAGGAUAGGAUAAUUACUUUGCAUGAAGCGAUGAGAGAAUUAAUCGACACCAAUGAUCAACUAUUUCAAUACAAAAUCAGACUUACUGAAAAAGAGCUAGAAAUAACUCAGAUUCAGGAUGAAAUUUUAAAAGAUUGCGAGUUAAAAGAUUAAUAAGAUGACCAAAAUAUUGUGGCAUAUUAUUAUAAGUAGAUGGAUGAGAGUGAUUAGAAAAAUGGAAUUAGAAGUAAAAAGAAGCUGUAAAAUGAUAUCUUUAUGAUUGAGUCUGAAAAUUAGUAGCCAAACAUCAAUAUGCUAUAAUCUAAGUAGUUAUUUGACUUAAAAUUAAUGUUUGUAGUGAAUCUAUCAGUAAAAAAAUUUUUGAUGCAAAGAGAAUGGAGAAUGAAAUAAAGACGCUCUAGAAUAUGGCUUUAUCAAUAGCCUAGCAAUCUAGACAUGGCAGUCGGAAGGACUAAGUCCAUGCGAAUGGAGGAUAGCAAACAAGAAAAUAUGAUUGAUAGUAUAACUUAUUAAAAAGGAAGUGCGUUAAGAAUAGUUGAUUUGGAAUCCAAGCAAUAUGAAGAAAAGAGGAAGUAGAAAUAAUAAAGCAAAAAGAAAAAUAUAGAUAGGAGCAACUUGGAAAAGUAUGGUUAAGUUGGGAAGGACAAUAAAGAAAGAACAAUUGCAAACUUUUAAAUGCCAUUCGCUAAUUAUUCUUAGAAGACAAAAGAAUCUAAAGUAUUCAGAAAAGAAGGCAAAGAAUUUCAACCUAUCGAUUAUAUCUUUCAAGCGACAGUUGAUUAAAAGGAGUUUGAAAAGCCUAAAAAGAAUUAUGAUGAGUCAAUAAAAUCAAAACAACGACACUUUUUUAAGACUGAGCAUCAUAAAUAUGAUUACGAUGAAAACACGGCUAGAGUUUACAAUAAAGAAGAGACGAUUAGAUCCAAAGGAAUAAAUGAAAAAGAAUAUUUACUUGAAUUAAUGUUUAGGAGAGACUUUGCUAAAUAUAUGCUGGAAACUUAUUAGAUUCUACCCUAGCUCAUUGAUAAGAAAAAGGUUAAAAAGUUUAUAGCAGAGAUCUAAAUGAAUAAGAAAUAUCAGAAUCAUAUUGAUAAUUGGAAUUAGCAAUCGAAAGAUUAAAAGGUAAUUAAGUAUUUCAAAUUAGAAUACGAGGCUUCUCAACAACUUCAUUUGCUUACUGAUCUUACAAUGCCACAUGAAUGGUUUCCAGAAGCAAGGCAGAUGAAAAGAAAAUUCAUAUAUCAUAUGGGACCAACUAACAGUGGGAAAACAAGGGGAGCAAUUUAAAGAUUGAUGGAGUCAAGGAACGGAAUAUAUUGUGCACCGCUCAGACUUUUGGCUUGGGAGAUUUCUGAAAAACUUAGCAAUAAUGGAAUUGCAUGUAGUUUACUCACAGGAUAGGAAAGAUAAAUGGCUCCAGAUUCAACACACUUAUCUUGCACAAUAGAAAUGACUGAUUUACAAAAUGAAUACGAUGUAGCUGUGAUAGAUGAGAUAUAAUUGAUUGAAGAUCCUGAUAGAGGAAGUGCGUGGACAAACUGUAUUUUAGGCUUGAAGGCCAAAGAAAUCCAUAUUUGUGGAGAGGAGAGAGCGCUUAAGUUGAUUCAUGAUCUGGUUUAAGAUACCGAAGAUGACCUGGAAGUUAAAUAGUAUACAAGACUUAGCACAUUAAAUGUUGAGCAUUAAUCAGUUAAAUCGUUUAAUGAUUUCAAACCAGGGGAUUGUAUUGUUGCUUUUGGAAGAAGGAGUCUUUUUCAAAUAAAAAAUUCGAUCAAUAGUUAUUACAAGAACAAAAAUGGAAUAGAUACCAAUUACUGCGCAAUUAUUUAUGGUGCACUUCCGCCUGAGACUAAGAAAACUCAAGCAUUCAUGUUUAAUAAUAGAGCUAGUGACAUCAAAUAUCUAUUAGCUACUGAUGCAGUAUUUAUUUCUUUCUCAUGUUUAUAAUCAUAGGUAGGAAUGGGACUCAAUUUAAAUAUAUCAAGAGUGAUUUUUACAACACUUGAAAAAUCUGUAAAAGGAUAAAAAACACAAAUUACCAAUAAUUAGCUCAAGUAAAUAGCAGGACGUGCUGGAAGAUACAUUGAUGACGGCUUUGUUACGGCUUUCAAGCAAAAAGAUUUGUAAAGAAUUAGAUAAGUCAUUGGCUCAUAAGAGAAAGCCAAAAAGCGUACCACUCAAGAGCAAAAUGAAGAUAGUUAUGAGUUUGACGAGUACAGUUUGAGAGAGAGCACAGAAGUAAUAGAUAACAUAUUGAAUUUAGAUGAUACUGACGAAUCUGACUAAGAAAUAAACCUUAAAAUUUCAAGAAGUGUAAUUCAAGAAGAUAAAGUAGAAGGAAGAUAAAGUUUAAAUGAAGUUAUCAUCGAAAAUGUAACAUCUUACUCUGAAUAGUCAGAGUAAGAGAAAGUUAAAAAAAUGGUUUUUACACCGAACUAGAAGGAUAUUUAAAAAGCAUGUCUGUUUCCAAACUUUAAUAUGAUCUAGUAGUUUGCUAGUGAUUUGGAGCUCUAGGAGCAAAAGAGAAUUCAUCUAUCUGAAGUUAUUUAGAAAUUUGAGUCGUUGGCAUAGCUUGGGAAGAAAUAUUUUGCUAAGGAUACUCGAGAUAUUUGUUAGUUAUCAGAUGCUCUUGAAGGUAUUCCUGGAUUAGAAAUAAAAGACCAUUUCAACUUUUCAUUAUCACCUUUGAAAACUUCAAUCAAGACUAAAGACAAAAUUAAAUUAAUCACUCUAAGGAAUAUGGCAAUUGAUUAUGUAGAUUAUGGCACUGUGCGCCUUCCUGAUAAUUUUACAUUAAGCAAUGAAUUAUUUCAAAGAGAACAAUAUAAUGAAAAUGAUCUUGAAGUAUUCGAAAGAAUUCAUAACAUUCUUGAAGUAUAUCUGUGGCUAAGCAAUAAAUACCCCUAAGCUUUUGUUGAAACAGAUCUUUGCAAUAUCUUAGUUGAAAAGGUUUGCAAAAUUAUUGAUCAGAUACUUUUAAGCAAGCACCAGAACAGUCUUUUUUCUAACUUAAAUGAUGGAUUAAAUUGA